AUGUCCCUCGCUAACGGCCUUUGGAUUGGCGAUAUUCCUACCGAGCUCCUAGGACUCUCACUCCCUGAACGCAUCCUCAUUUCCUUGUACUUUCCCGCUGUCUACGUCGUCAAGCUAUACCCCAGCGGGAAAAAAAGUACGAACAUGGACCAAGACAAGCUGCAAAGUGGCAUUAAGGGCAAUGUUUCUACGUACAAGUUAGAUCAGCAGCAAAUCACCGACAUGGUCGGUCUCAAUAUGCCGCCCCCGCCAACCAUACUUUCCGCCACCAUUGCGAUCACAUACGUUGGUCCCAAUAAUUUGCCCAAAGCUUGCCUGCCGGGAACCUUUCGUGUUAGGCGUGCCAAAGUGGAGGCUGCCUUGCGUUGGUUAAAAGCGAACAAUCCCCUCUAUGCGAAGAUCAAUAUUUCCCAGUCCCGCUUGUCCCAACUCCCCCACAACAGUGUCCCGUCCGAGGUCCUUCAAACAGUUCGCUGGUCUACAGAGGUUGAAAGGCUAGACGCGGAGCAUGGUACAUAUGUGCCCUUGCACGAGGAUGACGACGAUGAGGAUGAUGAUCUUGAAAGGCUGGCACUCGGAGAUCCCAUGGUUGUUACAGGGAACCAUCAUGAAGAAGAGGAAAUAGAAACGGAAGGAGAAGAUGCCGACCCCGCAGUUAUACCUCUCCAAUCGCAUGGAGUCCUUGACAUGGCUGGUCACGAUAUCCCUGACGACGAACUUUUCCAUCACGCCCUCAACAACACCGCGAAACCUGACUCUACACGUCCUGAUGUCGAAGGAGAAUACGCCAUUCGACAUGGAAGUGGUUUCAUCAACGAGUACGCCAGAAAAGACCCCGUCACUGGACUUCGAUAUGAUGGAGGCCCCGAUAAUCCGAACCACCUUUUAGGAACCUUCCCGUACUUGUUUCCCUUUGGGAAGGGUGGUUUCGAAACCCACCGUCCUAUCACUGUCAGCUACGAGUCGCAUGCAAAGUGGGCAAUGCAAUACUUCGACGGUCGCUUCCGAAAGGAUCUCUUGUUCGUGUUCCAGGUUUUUGGAGUUAUCACGAAACGCCAAGUUUGUCGAGCGGCUGCGUUGCAAGUGGAGAACUUAACGCCUGGCCUUCAACAACAGUUACGAUCCCUCAAAGUCGAAGACCUUCUUCAAGCCAGCCAAGAAGAGGCCCAGAAAAUCCCGUUCUCUAACUCGACAGUUCGCCUCCUCCGCAGGCAGAUGAAAGCGAUUCGUAGCCGUGUGACAGGGACGGAUGAAUCUCGAAAAUCGAUUCGGGGCAAGGUCUGGGGAACAAACCUUAUUUUUAACACUCCCUCGCUCUGGAUCACCAUAAAUCCUUCAGACACGCAUGAUCCCAUUGCCCAAGUCCUAUUUGGUGAAAGCAUCGACCUCAAUGCCUUCUGUAACACCGCCGGACCCGACAAAGAACAACGCGCCAGAAAUGUUGCUUCCGAUCCUUUCGCCUCAGCCCAAUUCUUUCACUAUAUCAUACCACUCGUUUUCGAAACACUCUUCGGUAUCAAGGCUGGAUGUCCUCCACAGAAGAUUGAACGACGGGAAGGAUUAUUCGGCGUUGUCCAAGCGUAUAUUGGCACAGUCGAGGCACAGGGAAGGGGUACCCUCCACUUUCAUAUGCUCGUUUGGUUAAGCAACACACCACCUCCUCACAAACUACGCGAAUUGCUCCAAGAGGAGUCUUUCCGGGAACGCGUACGCUCAUUUAUUCGUCAAAACAUUGUCUCGAACAUAGAAGAUAAAACGACUGCGGAGGUUUUGGCGAUAAAGUUGGACAAGGAGAUAUCAUACUCUCGGCCUAUCGAUCCCCGGAAAGGACCCCUAUCUGCCGAUGACAAGAAGCACCUCAGAACGCUGGCGCGCACUCUCCAGUACCAUAAAUGCAAGGAUCGCGUUUGUCGCAUCCUGAAAAAGGGAAAGGUUGUUUGCAAGAGGAGAGCUCCCUUUACUCUCGCUCCGGACGCCUGGGUUUCAGCUGAUGGGCAAUGGGGUUCCAAACGAUUCGCGGCGUUUCUCAACGCUUGGAACCCGAUCAUGCUCCACACUUUACGAUGCAACCACGACGUCAAAGUGAUCACCCCUGGACCUGCAACUCGGAACAUUGUGUGGUAUGUGACGAACUACGCGUCAAAGAAACAAGGCAAUUCGUCCAAUUCUUCUGCGCUUCUCGCUCAACGAUACGCAUAUCACACGAAACAAGAGAUGAACAACCCGAAAGCCUUCGACGUCAACAAGCGUAUGCUUCAGCGUUGCGCCAAUGUUUUGGGCCGUGACCGUGAGUUCAGUGCCCCCGAGGUUGUCAGCUACUUGAUGGGAUGGGGGGAUUGUUAUGAGUCCCACUACUACGUCACUAUACGGUGGGAUUUGGCGAUGAAAGCACUGUUCAAUGCCUAUCCAGCACUAAACGACAAUAAGUCGCAUAAUGAUAAUCGGGCUGGUACAAAUGACCUCAUUGAUUCGGUGGAUGUCCAAGAAGGCGAGUCAUAUACUGUCCAAUUCCAUGGCGAUCACCUUGAAGCCCGCAACCAAGUGCGGGAAUACGCUUAUAGAGGAUGUGACUUGGAGAAUGAAAGUUUUCUGAAGGUCAUGUUGGAUACGUACGACGCCGCAUUCGAUCCCGACCUCGAAGCAAAUACGCAUGCUUCAUCAUCCACGGCACAACCUCGCCAAAGGCGCCCCCGUCAUGACCGCAUCCCCUAUCUCUCAGCAUAUGGCAAUGCAAAGCGUUGUCGCAUCCGUCGCGCCCCAUGGCAUGAAACACUCCCCCGUUUCUCCGGGCGCUGGUUUCCCAGGAGCGAUGAGCCUCGUAACCACGAGACAUACUGUGCAGCCAUGCUUAUGUUGCUCAAGCCUUGGCGCUCUCUGCGCGAUUUGAAAGGGCAACAAGCGACGUUCAAGCAUGCAUUUGAUCAUUGGCGGUUGUCGUCUGCUACUACGUGGGACCUCACUGUGAUUGAAAAUAUUCAGUUCUACUACGACUGCGCCGAUCACGCCGACGCCAUUGCGGAUGAAGAAGACAAUAGCAUGACUUACCGAGCAGUGUUGGAGGAGGACAUCCGUGAUGAUUCAGGAUACGUGGCCCCUAUCUCUCAUUCACCAUGGGAGUCGAUCACGGAAGAAGAGAUCGAAGAUGCCCGUUUUGCCCAAUUACCGCGACGGGAAAGGGAAUAUGUUGACGAUGCCCUUCGUAUUGCGACCUCGGUUGGCUUUUAUGGCGCGCCGUUAUCACUUCCCGACUCUGUUGAAGGACUUGUCAAUCACGCAGGGUUGGAUGAAUUGGAACAGGUGGAGGAAUGGGAGGAUGUUUUGAAGUCUGUUACUCGACAAACCGGAAUCCUAACCGCGACCGACCCGUUAGAGGAAGCUGUUCGGGCCGCGGUGCUUAACGAGUUGCCAUUGGAAAGGGAACCGAUGGUGUCAACGAGCAAUCAGACUACUCGCAAUGAGCCCGAGUCACUAGGGUGCAUUAAAGACGAGAUUGACGGGAAAAAUCCAGACCAGCUCCUAAUGAUCGUGCAUGGGCAAGGAGGAACGGGAAAGUCGCUCUUAAUCCAAUCCAUCACUCAAACGUUGAGGGAUAUGGAUGCUGAGCAGUUCCUUGGGAAGGCGGCUACUUCUGGCAUCGCGGCCAGUCCCAUCGGUGGUACUACUGUGCAUCACUACUUCGGCAUUGGCGUCAACCCAACUGGGCGAGAUUGGGCGCACCGGGCAUCGGAGGAGAUCAAGGCCAGACGGAAUCGCAAUGUUGGGAAAAAGCAUCUUGUCAUCAUUGACGAGAUGUCCAUGUUGACGAAGAAGAUGCUUGCGCUUAUGUCUGAAGUAGGGCAGGUGGCACGAGGGCAUUCGUCUACUGCAACAACCAACUCGACAUUGCCUUUCGGGGGACUCCAUGUUGUCUUAUUCGGCGAUUUUCAUCAAUUUCCACCUGUCGCGACCGAAGGCAAUGCUCUAUACUGCGAUCGACCCAACACCGAUAAUGAAAAGUCCGCCCUCGGUCGAGAGCUAUUUUUACAGUUCAAUACCGUCGUCAUCCUUCGAGAGCAACGCAGAAGCCGUGAUAUAGGAUGGACCGAGAUACUUAAUCGCCUACGUGUUGGUGAAUGCACGGAUCACGAUAUCGACGAGUUGAAGAAAAUCACUCUCACCGACUCGAGAUGCGAUAUACCCAACUUCGAUUCGGAAGAAUGGCGAGAUGCUGUUCUCGUAACUCCCCGACAUUCUGUGCGAAAGGCUUGGAACCAAGCUCGCCUUGAACGCCACUGCAGUGAAGAAGGUCGACUUCGUUAUAUCGUUCGCGCACACGACACCGACAAGGUUCUUGAUGAUAUACCUCGACAAGAUUUUCGAAAGGCCAUAGCCCAGCUAUCAUGGAAAAAGACCGGACGACUUGAGGACGAAAUCCAAAUUGCCAAGGGCAUGAAAGCGAUGGUCCUUACCAACAUUGCCACCGAAGCUGACAUUGCCAAUGGUACCAGGGGCGUUGUGGAGGACUUUUGGUUACACCCCGAAGAGACGGCCACGCCAAACGAAGACGGUACUGUCAAGCUACAUCACUUACCACCUGUUAUCUUUUUUCGACCUGAUCAGAAAACCACUCUCUCCUUCAACGGCGUUCCUGAAGGCCUUAUUCCAAUUGCCCCUGUAUCAACUUCGUUUAAGGUCGAGAACAACGAUCGGGAGUCGAGGGAUAUUAAGCGGACCCAGUUCGCCAUAACAGGGGCGUAUGCAUUCACCGACUACAAGUCGCAAGGACAAACCAUCGAGAAAACGGUCGUUGACAUCGCACCCACUCCUACCGGAAAAGGGCUGUCUCCCUUCAAUGCAUAUGUUGCCUUAUCGCGUGGGCGAGGCCGAGAUAGCAUUCGCCUUCUUCGGCCGUUUCAAGAGGAGUUAUUUACCGUGCAUCCGUCUGAAGAAUUGCGGGAGGAGAUGCAACGUCUAGAGAUGUUGGACAGGAUUACCCGGCAGCGGUUCGAGCAACGCAAUAGUAUUGGCACGUCACUUGACAUGGACGUCCAAAGAAACGAAGAUUCGUAUUACAAGAAGAACUGGUUAUAUAACGAUCAACUUCAAGGGGUGUAA